CUCAAUUGUUUUCAACCAUCUUGAAAAAAAUACAAUGGAAGACGAGGCCAUGGAGGAAAGUAUGAUGAGAAGGAUAAAACCUAUUGAGAAGGGUAUGAAAUUAUUGAGUGAAAGGAGUUUGAUCAUGGAUCUCGGAUCUUUUUACAUACCGGAUAAGAGUAAAUCAAGUACGAGGGGAGAUGAUGCCUAUUUUAUUAGUAAACAUCAUCAAACCAUUGGUUUAGCCGAUGGUGUGGCUGGUUGGGCAAAGCAGGGCAUAGAUGGGGGUGAAUAUGCUCGACAACUAAUGGAUAAUUGUGUCACCACCCUUUAUGCGGAAGAUAGAGAAAUUGUGUAUCCACAAAUGGUUUUGGAAGAAGCUUACUCUAAUACUAAUGUUGAAGGAUCAUCCACAGCAUGUAUCAUAACACUUACGGAGGAGUUUUUAAAUGUUGUUAAUGUUGGAGACAGCGGAUUCAUGUUAUUUCGAUAUGGAAAAAUGAUAUACAAGUCAUCCAUACAACAACAUUUUUUUAAUUGUCCGUGUCAAUUGGGGAAGACCUGUGAUGACCCAAGUAUAGCAGAGGAGCUUAUACUUGGGGUAAGGGCAGGAGAUGUGGUUGUGGUUGGAACGGAUGGACUGUUCGACAAUGUGUUCGUAGAUGAGAUGGAGGUGGUUAUAAGGGUUCUGCGUGAAGAAGGUUGUAUGGAGCCACAACUAUUGGCCAAGUUAUUGGCGGAGCUGGCCGAGGAAAAUUCACUGAUUAGAAGUGGUGAUUCCCCGUACACAAUAGCUGCAUUGAUGGAAGGAAAGUUUAGAAGUGGUGGCAAACCCGACGACAUCACUGUGAUAGUUGCACGCAUUGUACCACCCAUGGACAUACUCUGAUUUUAUGAUGGCGGCGAAGGCAAGCACCAAAAUGGCACAAGGGCGGUAACUAUAUAUUUCAUUCGUUCUCAUAUCAUUCCCAUUUCUCUCUUUAAAAAUUGUCUCUGUGUCAUUUCACUUUGUUCAUUUUCAUGUCCUUUGCCAUUAAGU